AAGUCAGCGCAGCAUGGCGGCGCACCUUAUAAAUAACCCCCCUGGCCGCCACGCCGGCUCAUUGAUCCCUGCUCCCUCAACCAAGCCACAAUCUCGCUACUGACCUCCGCUGAGAAACAUAUUACAUUACAUAUAUAUAUAAAUAUACAGCAAGAGUGCCCACUUCGCUAUUCCAUCUCUUGUAUUUGAGACAAGCAUCGACUUCGAAGGGCCUUGUCGACUUCGAGGAGCUGAAGAUGGCGUCGCUACCCGUGUCUGCCACUCGUGAGGCCGUCAUGUCCCAGGAGCUGACCAGGUUCUGGAGGAGUGUGGCCAGAAAGUUCGAGAGGGCGUUGUCCCCUGGGGCACUCAUCCCCCAUCUGCCCCCGCUAACUACCUGGGAACAGCACCUCCACCACCAGGAUAAGGAGGAGGCGAGGAAGCAGCAGCAGCAGGAAGAGGAAGAGAGUUGUUUAGAGGCGCUCCACCAUCACCACCACCAUCAUCAUACUACGCUUGAAGAAUGUGAUACUAGGUGGAGCGAUGGUGUGCGUGUUGUGGACGGCAGCCUGGUGGGGGAUGUGCCCACCUCAUACAGGGUGGAGGGCCUCCUGGCACACGAGCGACCUGUUGUGGGCACCUAUGUUGACCCUGCCAUCACUGUUGGCUUCUGCUACCAUGUUAGACAUGCAGAUUCAACAAAGCUACUCUUUAAGGGGCGGGCCUUGAGGUUGAUAUCGGUGGGCGCCGGCUACGGCAAGAGGAUUACCUUUGCUGGAGAUUCUUACAACGUCAACAAUAACUACUUCUGGUCUGACACUCACCCUGAAGGAUAUGGCUUUGGACUGUGUCUUGUCCAGGAGGGGGACAAGUUUACUCUGAAAGAUGCUAAUAACCUGCCAGUAGCUACAGCAGAGGUCCUCAAAAUCAGGGGGCCCCAAGUAGAAGUCGGUCACAAUCUCCAAAAUGGUGUAAUUGAGAAGCGGGCUAAGGUAUCACUACAAUGUAAAGUUUUCUUCUUCGGAGAGUUAAACAAGGAACAAGUGUUGAUGGUGAAGGGCGUGGCUAUAGCGGUUAGGGCCAAAGGUUCCAGAGCCGCUGCUUCCCUUAAGGAAAUUAAGGAGUGCAGUGUUGGGGGAGAGCGCGGGUACACGCUGGUGGCCGGGGAGGACACUUCCUCUGUUAUCUCAGUUGUCAAUGGUGAUAAGAUUGGUGAUGUCCCAGCCAAGUACUCUAUUAAAGGUCUUCUGCCACACGAGAUGCCAGUCAUUGGGACAUAUGUGGAUCCACGUAUUCUCACAGGCUUCAAAUAUCGUGUCCGUGCUGCAGACUCGAAAAAAUUAUUGUUUAAUGGCGACGCUCUAGUUUUGCAAGCUAUUGGUCGUGGGUACGGUAAACGACUAACCUUUGCAAGUAAUAAUCUAAACAACAAUGGGAACUAUUUUUGGAGCGACACAAAUCCUGAAGGUUACGGCUUCUCCAUCGAAGCUGUCAGUCCCGGUGAUAAAUUUAGAAUUAUGACCUCGUCUGGGAAAGAGCUUGGGCAUGCACAAGUGUUCCGCGCAGAUGCCCCUCAGAUGGAGGAAAGCUGUGUUGUGUCGCCAGAAGGGCACGUGAUUAAGCGAGUGCGUGUCACUGUCACUUGUGAUACUACAUUCCAUGGCGAGGAUGACCAUACUCUGAUUGUUACUGGAACAGCCAUAGUGGUGCGGCGUGGGCGGAAGGCAACGGUGCAGAAGCUGGAAGAUGUGGCACUGGGAUCACAGAUGAAUGUUCUCUACAGACAUAUCAGCGAGACAAUAUUAUUUUUCAAAGAGUAAAUUUCUUGCGUAAUUCGAUAAAAUACAUAAAAAUUUAAAUAUUAAUGGUUUAUGAGUAACGCUGCAUUCACCAUUGAAACCGGAAUUUAAUUCAAGUCAGGCUGCACCGAUAAAAGCUUAUAAGAACAUACAAUAUAGGACAGUACAUAUUUCCAUUUGUAUAUUUGUCAUAUCUUCAAGCCUUAAUGUGUAACAUUAAUUCUCUUAAUCUGUCUCGUUUGCCAUCAUAAGAGCUUCAGUACAUAAUAUACUGCCCCAUGAUAAUGGGAUAAAGUUUUAACUGUGUACUUACUAAUUAUAGAUAUGCUUACCUAUUUAUUUACAUUCAUAUUUAAGAAGGUACAGUAAAGACCCAAUAUAUGUGUAAGUGUAUUGAAACUAACAUUUUUGGAUGCACCUUACAUCCUUUGUCAAGGUGCUGUCGAUGUAGGUGGCAUCCAAAAAUUUGGUUUUAAUACACUUGCACUUAUAUUGGGUCUUUCCUUCACCUUCAUUCAAGCACUAUAAGAUUGUAGUAAGUUCGUCCAUUCAUAUUUAUUUGUAGGUUUAAAUAUUUCAUGCACCCUGCCGUGGCUUGUGAUAUGAACACUUGGCCCUUCCAAAAAAUAAAAAAAACUACCUAAGUAGAUAUAAGAUGAUUAAUUUACUGUCGAAAUAUAUUUCUGCUAUAAAAAUAAAUUGUAUUUUAUAU